AGUGCAACACGGGAAUCUCACUUACCGAUGAGUUUGUAACCUCCGAUCUUCGCGCAACUUCUUCCGUAAUUCAUAUUAUCGCAGUUUUUCAGAUAAAUAUCCGCAGCGCCUUUGAAGUCCUUCUUCAGUGCUUCGUGGUAGUCCCCCAGCAAUUGACACACUGGAAAUUCAAACGACUUUAACGGUCGUAUGCCAUGUCGUCAAUCGAUGAUUUUGGAUAGAAAUAGAGAAAACGAAGUUCGAUCGCCUAUACACAAGUACACACACGCAACUCUCUGUCGCGACGAGUCGAGCCGCUGGAACGGGAUGAAAUAAGAAAUAGAACCAAGAAUGGGAAUGUGUAUGCAUAUAUACAGCAUACACUUGUGUAUACUUAUCUGACGACACGCGAUGGCUGCUGUGUGCGCUGCAGCCGCGUUUUGGAUUCCGUCGACAUUUUUAUAAACAAAACGUGACAGGGCAUUUUGUUUAUGCGGUUACUAAGGAGUACUCGCAGGAUUAAUUUACCUUGUGCAUAGCGGUGGAUUCAGCUAUUGGAUUAUUCAACGAUUUAGAAGUUCUGCACAACUAUAAAGAUGGAUCGCGUCGAAAAUGAAGAUGGAACGGAAGGCGCGGAGUUUGAAAACAAACUACAAACGUUGGAAUAUCCAUUCACUUGGGAUAUGGAUGACAUCGAUAACGACGCCGUUCUUGCGACAGGGUAUAAGCCGCACGACGAAGAGGAAUUCAUACCAUUGUUAAAAUUGAUGAGAAUCGUCAUGUUGGUUUUUGUGCAAACAAAGAAAAAUGAAGACCCUGAUAGUAUUUUGGAAAACUUGGAAAAAUGCGACGACGUUGUGGUCGCGAUAAAGGAACAGGCGGAUCCGAAUAUUUCGAUCGAAGCCGUGAUGCACGUUCUCCAGGCGAUGCAAUGUCACGUAUUCUGGACGCUGAACCGAAGGAAUCGAGCAAAAGUGAUAUUCGAGGAAAUAAAAUCCGUAAGUGCGACCGACAAGAUCGCUCGGAGUACCAUAAACGCGUGCAGAAGCAUAGGCUGGUCGAAAUACCACCUACUCGGUACCGAGGAAGCGGUGGAUUUUAGUCGCAAGGCUAUAGCGGACAAUCCCGAGUGCGACCUUUGUUACUUCAUUCUUGGUAAGAAUCUGCGUCGAAUACGUCGAGACAUGUCGGUCGGUUCUAUUCCCAACAAGGAAGAGGCGGAUGCCUUUAUCGAGGCAUACGAGAAGUCGAAGAACGUCGUCUACGGGAUAUUCGUGGCGCAGAUGUACCGCGAACAGAGAAGCAUCAUGAAAGCGAUCAAGAUGUACGAGGAGAUUUACCGGAGCAAACCCAAGAGUUACGCGGUCUAUCUUAGACUCGCUUUGGGAUUUCUUCAGUUGAUGAAGCUUCCCUUGGCCAAGAUGUGCCUCGACGAAGUCGCUGUCCAGUGUCCGGAUGACGUUAUGUACCUGCACUACAGAGGGAAAUACCACAUGAAGACGAAAAAGUUCAGGGAAGCGAUAUAUUAUCUGAAAAAAGCAGCAGAUAGAAACAACUGUCCCGCUGCAAAGGACUAUCUUCGUUGCAUGUUAAAAGUCAAUCCGCUUUUUAAUGCGACUGAAUACUUACUCACCCUGGUCGAGAGAUACAAAGAUUUGCCGGAAAAACAAAUACAAGGCUUGGUAUUGGAAACUGCAUACAGCUAUCUAACAAAAGGGCAAAUGGAAAAAUCUUUGAAGCACUUUUUGCACAGCAUCGAGAUCGACCCGAAGAGUCAGACUUUAACUGAAUUUUAUUCGCUGUUCAGACCAGGACAGAGCCAAAACGUAUACAAAAUGCUCGCCCAAGAAGUGUUCCCUCGAGUUCGGCAGAGUCGCGAGCUUCUAGACGAGUCUGCACUGGAAACCUACGAGGAUCUAAAGAAUUACUACGACGAAUACCUCGAAAGCCAACUCCAAGCUACCCAAACUGCGUUCUCCAAAGUGCGAACUUGAUCGAAUGCAUUUUAAUAAAUAUAUUUUAUUACGAAAAA